UUGAAUUGGCAAAAAAAAAAAAAAAAAAAACUGCCGAUCGGGUGCGCAUCCGGAAUCGCGACGAAUAUACAUUAGUGCCCCUUGUGAUCCUCUCGUUUAUAAUUUAGUUUUUUUUUAAAUUAAUUUAUUCCUUUUUUCCUUAGUUGAUGUUUUACAUUAACACUCCGGGAGGGCAGAAAUGGCGGCCAACAUGUACCGGGUCGGAGAUUAUGUAUUUUUUGAGAACUCCUCAAGUAACCCUUACUUGAUCCGGCGAAUAGAAGAGCUCAACAAGACGGCAAGUGGGAAUGUGGAGGCCAAGGUGGUGUGCUUCUACAGGAGGAGGGACAUCUCUCACAGCCUCAUCCAGCUGGCGGACAAACAUGCAAAGGAAUUGGAGGAGGAGAAGGAGAACCCGACAGAGACGGAGCUGACAGACAAACAGAAACACCAGCUACGCCACAGAGAACUCUUCCUCUCGCGGCAGUACGAGAGUCUACCGGCGACGCACAUCAGGGGGAAGUGCAGCGUGGCGCUACUGAAUGAGACUGAAGCAGUUCUUUCAUACCUCGACAAAGAGGAUACCUUCUUCUACUCGCUGGUGUACGACCCUACGCAGAAGACCCUGCUGGCCGACAAAGGAGAGAUCCGGGUGGGGCCGCGCUUUCAGGCGGAUGUACCGGAAAUGCUACAAGAGGGUCAACCUGACGACAGGGACCAGGCCAAACUCGAGGAGAAACUCUGGGACCCAGAGUGUCCGCUCAGCAAUAAACAGAUAGACCAGUUUCUGGUAGUGGCACGGGCGGUCGGUACUUUCGCUCGGGCGCUGGACUGCAGCAGCUCUGUGCGACAGCCAAGUUUACACAUGAGCGCCGCGGCGGCGUCGCGUGAUAUCACACUGUUCCACGCCAUGGACACGCUGCACUCUUACAACUACGACCUGUCAAGCGCGCUGAGCGUGCUGGUGCCGGCGGGCGGUCCUGUGCUUUGCAGGGAUGAGAUGGAGGAGUGGAGUGCCUCAGAGGCGGCCAUGUUCGAGGAGGCGCUAGAGAAGUACGGCAAGGACUUCAACGACAUCCGACAAGACUUUCUUCCCUGGAAGUCUCUGACCAGCAUCAUAGAAUACUACUACAUGUGGAAGACUACAGACAGAUACGUGCAACAGAAGAGGCUGAAGGCGGCUGAGGCGGAGAGCAAGCUCAAGCAAGUUUAUAUUCCCACAUAUAAUAAGCCCAACCCCAACCAGAUCUCAUUGACCAAUGGCAAGAUGGCGACCGUGAACGGAGCCGGGCCCGGAGCCUUCCACACAAUGGGCGGGGGCCGGGCAUGUGAGAGCUGUUACACCAUGCAGUCAGCCCAGUGGUACUCAUGGGGGCCGCCCAACAUGCAGUGCCGCCUGUGCGUGUCCUGCUGGAUGUACUGGAAGAAGUACGGCGGCCUGAAGAUGCCCAGCCGAGCCGAGGCCCCCGAGGAGAGGACCUCGCCCACCCCGGCCAGCAACGAGCCCCGGUCGCGGAGUCACGCCCCCCGCCAGUCCAACCACAUUCCAAUGCGGAAUAGCGGCAGCCCCAAGUCGUCCAUGAAGACAAAGCAGGCCUUCCUGCUGCAGGCCACCCGGCUCACCAAGCUGGCGCGGCACAUGUGCCGUGACGUCAUCAGGCUGCGCCGCGCCGCGCGGCGCCCCUUUGUUCCCAUUAACUGUGGGGCCAUAAAGGCAGAGUACGUCUCAAGGGUGUCAGAAGGUCACGGAACCCGCCUACCCAAAAUCAGAGCAGCCCAAAGGAGCACCCUGACCAGCGUCGUACAGUUUCUAGAGUCCCGUCCGGCGGCUCAGGCCCCUCGCUCCCACCGCACGCCCGGCCUGCAGACGCCACCACCUCGACGCCUCCUCUCCUCCCUCCCCCACGGGCCCCAUGGCAUGCUGGGAAAACGCAGCUUCCAUCACCACAGCAGGGCGGAGCCAGACAGGCGCCCAGAGAAUCCAGGGACAACAGGUGGCGCGCUCCUGCAUAACGGCCGCAGCAGCAGCAACAGCGGCGGUGGCAGCAGCACUCGGGGAGGAGUUAUGAUCCGAAAGAGACGCCCCAACUGGAUCGACGCUCCCGACGACAGCUUUUUCCUCGUCACCCGGGAGACCAGGAGGGCCAGACGAAUGCUGUCGCGCUCCCAGCUCAGACACGCUUGUCGGCAGCCCUGCGAGCAGAUCACCCUCCGCAGGGCUUCCCAGGGGGCGCCACAGGGGCUGGUACUGGGACCCCCGCAUCCGCAUCCCAGCCUGAGGAUGCGAGGCCCCAUCGUCAUCCAUGACUGACCCUCUCCUCCUCAACUCUCCUCCGAAAAGUCAGACUUGUGUAACUAUUCCUCCAGUAGGGGGACGUCAUAAAACCGCCAUACAAUAGAAACAUACACUGUCUCCUUCUUUGACCCCCCCCCCCCCCCCCCCCCUUACAUGCCAAUUUAUUAGGUACACCUUAAUUUUAACUCGUAUGCAGUAUGAGCAUCUACAGGUACAAAUAUGAAUCAGGUUGACUGUCUCAAUCCAAAAUGUCCAUUGAAAAACAACCGAAUCUAGCUGAUUUGCCACGAGAGAAUUUGAAAAUGCAGUACCAUUCAAAAGCGAAAGUAUGCGACGACUAUUAAGAUGGUUUUGUCAAGUUGUACCAGACAGACCGGCCCCAGUGUAUUAAAUACAUGAAUGCGCGAGAGUGUGUGUUUAUAUGGUGUGUUUUGCCACGGCAACGGCAGGGGCCCUGAAUGCGGCGACGACGGAUGGGACUUUUGUGUUGUGACCCGUGACGUUUCAUCUUUUCAUAUAAAGUAGUUUUUUUCUGUACAAGGGUGGGCAGGGCUUUGGGAAUGAAGGAAAAGUGGGCAUGUGGGGUCAUUUUUGUUUUAGAAACCUGUUGGAUUUAAAAAUCAAUGACUUGCCAUGUAGGAGGACUCCAAAUCUCCAUUUUGUUUGGCGUAAUCCAAUUUGUGUCCAUCCUCAGCCACAUAAGAUAUAUGUAAUAUAGAACAACAAAUAGUGGCAGCAUCAUCAUCUCAAAAUACAUUUUUUAAAAGGAGGCAAAGGCCCACAUAAAAAAAUGCACUAUGUAAAGAUAGACCACGUCUGCUAUUAUCUCAUUCGAUUUUCAUCUACAAAAUACACAGAACAGCAGAGGACACGUUCAGGGACAUUCAUAUUCCUCACUAUUAAACUCGAUUUGAAUAAUUGUCAUUAUUUAAAAAGGGGGAAAUUAAUUUCAAAUAAAUAUGAGGAAAAAAGUAACAUUUUUGUACAGGACGUACAAUUAAACUUCUUAAAUGAACCAAUGUAAUUGUGUUUAUUGUGUAAAAUGCCAAUUGAAUGGAUGACUCAAUAGUGAGGCUAUUAUGUACUGUAUUAUUAUAAUCACAAUGAUGUUAGCAUUCAAAUGUGUCAAUUAUGUGAUUUCUCCCUCCGCAAAUUUAAAUAAUGACAUUCAAAUCCAUAUUUUUGAUCUCACUUACAUUCCCCAAGGUACAUAAUCUCUGCAUUCAACGUCUCCAUAUACGCCACUGUAAAUUCUACUCAUCAUAUUUCUAUGGCAUCACUGCAGCUUGUUCAUGUUUGUCCUUUAAAAAAAAAAAAACAUGUUGAUGCUGUCACCGCCGAGUAGCGUUUUCCGUAAAAUUGCUUGGGGAAGUUUCCGAUGGGAGCCUUCCGGGCGGCGGUUACUUUAGCUUUGUUCUUAUUUUGAAAUCAGGCAUGUCUUUCAGGUGACACAACGUGGUCCUGUGAGUUGUUGAGUUUGAAUUCAGAAUGUUUCUUGUAUGUGGUGUUCUGUUAUGAAUAUGCUGCUGAUGAUGAUGAUGAUAAUUAAAGAAACAUAAUGGCAGAUCUUGCUGGGCUUUCUCUCCUCUGCAGUGUGUGAGGACUAGAUGGGUGCGAUCCGGCUGUACGCCUCACGCGGAGCAGGUGAAAAGACAGGCGACCGCAGGUAACGCGGUAAAAUAUGGACGCUUUUAAAUUCCACUGAUAAUAUAAAAGCAGAGUAUAGAGAAGAUUUAUUCAUCGGGUGGAGUAAGAAAUCACACUCACCGGUUAAAUUCCCUUCAAAACUUGCCAGGGACUAACAUUUUUGCAUUAGAAUCAGCAGGGCACUGUCAUGUAAACCUUUGAUUCAUCUUUUUGGCAGUAUAGGUUCUUAAAGAUAGCAGAGCGCUCCUGUCAUAUAGGUCAGUGGUCCACAACAUUUUUGGACCCACGGCCCGGCUCGUGUUCCCACAAAUCUCCGCGGACCGGGGUAGUGGUGGUGGGGGUCGUAUAGCGAUGUAAUUUAUCUCAUUUAGUAUGUAUUGUGUAAAACUAAGACAGGAACAACAUCAAAUUGAAAGCACAAAGUGAAUACAGACCCACCAUCCACCACUAUAAGCUUGGAGUUUAUUUUUCAGAGAGAAGAUGAUAGUGCCGCUGCUUGAUGUGUGCGGUAAAUGUGACAAAUAUGGAACUUUGAAAAACUCCCUAUUCAUUUUCAAUCGGAAAAUGUCUCGGGAGAAAGCGGAAUUGUGGAAAAACUGGGCAUUUUUUGGAAUUUUGUUUUAGAUAGCACCUCUUUCCCGAAUAAGCAGAACGUUUUGACGUGUCAAAUCAUGAAAAUCGGUUGAAAACUGAGGAAGUGGUUAGCAAAAAAGGGUGGAAUAAAAAUACUAAACAGAAAAAAAGUGGUGCGGAAUUUUACAUGUGUGAGUGUUUGCCAGCAUUCACACAAUUUAAUAAAAAAAAAUUCGAGCCACUUGGGAGCCGGAACAGCCGGAACAGCCGGAACAGCCGGAACAGCCGGAAUAGCCGGAUCCCAUGACGUCAAACAACUGAAGUGUGUGUGGCCAUCCUACUUUAUGCGUCGUAUUUGAACGCACCACGUCUAUGGCAACUUGCCAGGCGACCACCAAAUGUGUUAGUUUUCGUAUGAAGCUAACAGAAACACCACGGCUCCGCCCAUCGCGCUUCUCUUCCUUAGCCGUUUUGGUGGGGGUAUUGCGGAGCUCCAGUGGCGCAAUCGGUUAGCGCGCGGUACUUAUAUGACAGUACACAGCAGAGCAAUGCCGAGGUUGUGAGUUCGAGCCUCACCUGGAGCACAGUUUUGAUCGACACCGAAGAUUGUCACCACCCUGUACCCCAUGAAACGCUUCAGCUUCCGGCUUAGAUGUUCGUAUAAAAAUAUCCUGCUGCCGACGUGUUUACCAGCCCCAUUUACUGUCAGAAAAUUAACACGUGCGUGUUCGCCAAUCACACUUCAGAGAUAUGAUGCUGGGUGCUGCCGAGGCAUCAAUUCUUCUCCACCAGGAAAGCCGCUUAUUAUUCUUCCUGAAAAAUUGUAAUGUUUGCAUUUCUCCACCAGAUGAUGCUACUUUGUCCAUUUAAUGAAAUAAGUGUCUCGCUGGUGAUGUUGGAUCAUGGAGUGCAUAAAAUGUGUGUGUGGAAUGAAUACAUUCCUUUCAAUAAAAAAUUACACAAAUAUUAUAAUUAAUACAUUAUUAUGAAUGAUUGUUUUUUCAUGUCACUAUAACAACUUCAGCCAUUCGUAUUACCGUAGUUUACCUGAACUGCAAUUUGUCUAAAGACAUCUUUGGACCACUAGAGGGUGUCCUAACAGAGCUAGUAGAGAGACGGCCACCUGAAGAUUGUUUGGUCAUGUGACUUCCUGUACUUUUAAAACAUGACAAAAAUGAACAUAUAAUCUUUAACGCUUUAUUUUCGGAUAGUGUUUAUUGUCCUUUAAAUCUACCCAGAUGUUGCUUUACUUCAUGUAGCUGUUCUAUUCCUAUUCGUGUGUGUGUGUGUGUGUGUGUGUGUGUGUGUGGGUGGGUGUGUGUGUAAGCCAUGCAAAGCUGGGAAUGAACAAGCAGAAGAUUGCAGUAAUGACGUGACCCAGAUGUCUCGCUUGCAGGCUGAAAAUGAGAGUGCCCAAGUACACA